AUGGGCCAGCUGUCAAGCUCUUCAGCCUUCUUGUUUUCACUUCGCAACAAGGAUGCUUUGGAACCAUUCAAGUCAUUAGUCAGACCUGAUCAAGAGCAUUUGGCACUAUAUCUCUCUCCGAUUGCAGGUCCAGCUUUCGGCGGCAAACACGGCGAAGAAUUGCAAAUUACUCCUAGGCCAAAGAUUAUUCCUUGUUAUGCAAAAUUUGGUAAAGUAUUCACGCUUCCUCCCGGCUACACAUACGAUUCAGCUGAAACAAACGCGCUACUGGGAGGAAAGGAAUAUUUUCAUCCAAGCGAAAUAGAGACUUACUACCUUGUU